AUGCCAGCUCCAUUUGAACAAGGUUCCGCAAAGAAGGGUGCAACUCUUUUCAAGACUAGAUGUGCACAAUGUCACACCAUCGAAGCAGGUGGUCCACACAAGGUUGGUCCAAACCUUCACGGUAUUUUCUCCAGACACUCUGGUCAAGCUGAAGGUUACUCCUACACCGAUGCUAACAAGAGAGCAGGUGUUGAGUGGGCACCACAAACCAUGUCUGACUACUUGGAAAACCCAAAGAAGUACAUCCCAGGUACCAAGAUGGCUUUCGGUGGUUUAAAGAAGGCAAAGGACAGAAACGACUUGGUCACCUACAUGUUGGAAGCUUCCAAAUAA